GCCACAACACCACCACUCACUCCUAAUUCACUCCUCCCCUCACUCUUCUCUUCGAUCAAUAUUCUCACAUACUGCUGCUGUGGUCUUUGUUCUUUCGUCUCUGCAAUUCUUCCGUUUUGAUCCUACGCUGCCCGGUCAGCUACUUGCCCGCGUUUCACCGCGUCAGCAUCACUGAAUAUAAGCCUACUUUCACGUUCCGUGACACCGCCCUAAUCGUAAUCUACCUUCACUCACACAUCUGCGGACUCUACUUCUGCUGGCGUCUGCUAUGCGCCUGGAGCUUUCCGUCACCAACCUACCUUCAACAAACAACCCUCCAAUAUGAUACCCGACGCCGCUUACGACCUGUGUCUCCCGAUCCUCCAAGACGACUCGCUCGACGAUGAUGACAAGACGGAGAAGGUGGAAGAGCUUUUGCGUAAAGAGACAUCUUUGACGGGAAAGUCCUUAGAAGGUGCUGUUCUCGAUGCACUGUGGCGAUACCGCGAUAGCACCGUGGGCAACUCAACAUCUCCUCCACCUAGCCGCCAUACUGUCGUCCGUCGACCAUCCCCAGCUGCUUGGCAGCUCGCUCGAGCUUCUACACCACUCGGCUCUUCUCCCAGGAUCGCGCCACCUCCAGGCUUUGGAAUAGCUCCACCCGGCUUUGCUCGUGCAAAGUCGUCGACCGCCUCACCCUUCACCUCCCCGCGUCCGUCUCCACGACUGGCAUUCUCCUCGCCGCAUAUACCACACAGUCCAAGCCUCAGCGCAUAUCAAUUUAGCGAGUCUAGCUAUACUCCAGAUCCAUAUGGAGAUCUCAACAGUGACUCUGUGGACUGGCUAGUCAACGAUGACGCUGUGAGCGAGGCUUCUUCUCUGCAGGGCGAGACUGGACUGAACGGUGCUGCGGCUGAAUGGGUUCAGCCGUACACUAUGGAUAUGGAACCGUAUGAUAUGCUCAGGUCCGUCUUACGGGAUGACAAGUCGAACGAGGAGCUCGAGAAGGCGCUACAGGAAAAUGAGUACGACCUCAGUGCCACAAUCCUCGCCUUGAUGGGGGAACAAGGUUUAACUCAGCCCUCACUAGCUGAAGCUGAGAAGACAUUCACAGUUGGGAAGUCGAUGAGUCCUGCUUUCAGACCUGCGACUCCUGCGGGUCAAGCCAAGUCAAACAUACUGUGCAAAUACUGGCUCUCCAGUGGUCAUUGCGCACGUGCGGAUUGCAGGUUCAGCCACGACCCUAGCAAAACACUGUGCAAGUACUUCAUUCAAGGCAACUGCCUAGCUGGCGAGACUUGCAUGUUUUCGCACGACCCCUCCGCUCUGAUGGCCCGCUUGAUGUUGGAAGGAGGAGCAGGAACCCAGGCAAAUACUGCACCGAACUUUCACGUACAAGACUACGAAGCGUUUCCAGCUCUACAGCAGACUCCGUCCAACUCUUACCUUGAUCCAUCUACCGUCGAAGCUAUCUACAACUCAGGCGGCUCCGUGGCCACACCCCCGCCAGGCUUGAACCCAUUCGCAAACUUCGUCCCGAGCUCCCAGAGCCGGUCACAAUCCAGACCAGGCAGUCGUCAACAAUCGCGAGCUGUAACACCUUCUGCGCCUUCUGUCAACGAUGACGAAGCUUUCCCUACACUGGGGUCCGCGGCUACCAGGGGUGGCAAGAGACAUCAUGGAAAGCGUGGUGCUCACGGAGCUAGCAAGGAGAAUGUUGUGCCUCAGUCUAUGGCUGAUCUGGUAAAGAUGUCACCAUCGCCAAGUCCGGCUCAGCUCCGAAAGGGCGUAAGGUCCGCGAAGAGCUUUCAGAACAGUCGCGAGAACAGCGCUGCAGCACAGGCUAUUCCUGCUCCAGAACGCGUCCCGUGGCUAGAUACGGGUGACUCUGCCAAUAAAGCUUACCUUAAAGCUCGCCAGGAAGCAUUCAAGCAUGGUGGACUACGAAACAAAUUCUUACAGAGCGCAGCUCAGGCGUGGAAUCGCAACGACUCACGCGCUGCCAAAGCGCUGAGUCUACGAGGCCAGAGUGAAAAUGACCUGAUGCGGAAAGCACAUCGCGAGGCGGCACAGCAUCUUUAUGAGGAACGGAACAAAGAUCUUGGUCCCAACGCACGUGAGCUUUACGUUGAUCUACAUGGUCUACACCCGGAAGAAGCCGUCACCUAUCUCGAAAACAUCCUCCUCAAACACCAAGCCACCUCCCGGCCCAUCUACGCCAUCACCGGCACCGGCCACCACUCCAAAAACGGCAAAGACAAAGUCGGCAAGGCCAUACGUGGCUUCCUCAACGAAUGGCGCUACGUCUUCCGCGAGUUCUCGGUGCCGGGCGACCGCAAUAACGUUGGCGGCAUCCUCGGGGUGGAUCCAAGCAGCUGGGACCGCAGCUUGGGCGAGCGCACGGCCAAAGAGUUUGUGGAGGAGGGCGCGGACGACGGGAAAAGGGGCGAGCUGGGCACGAAGAUUCAGUUGCUGAAGAGGGGCGAGGACGCUGGCGGGGCGAAGGUGAUGGUGGGUGAGAUACCCAAGGGGCCGCGGGCGAGGCUGGGCGCGGUGUCGUGACAGUUGUAGAAGCGAGAAAAGAGAAAAUUUAAGAUUAAAUUAAACGUUGACGUUUUGACUGCGCGUGAUGAGACUGGCUUGAUGGCUGAAAGCUGACUUGAUGGCCGGGGGCUGAUUCGUAUGCAUCGAGGAAAGGAGCUUAGCUGCUGGAGUGCUCGCACUUUUGAUUUCCAAUUGCUGUCUCGAUGGAUUGGAUUGUGAAUGCCGCUGCAUGCACAUCAGACUUUUGGUCUGGUUAUACAGGCUUGGGCUGGUGGUGUGAAGCGUUUCACAAGAUUCAAUUCGAGCCAUGUUGUUCUAUGUCAUCUAACUUUCUAUUGGUGAUGAUGCUAUGCUGGAGUAUAUAUGCGUGUGAGAUCGAACAUGAUAGCGAGAGUACGUAUGUAGUAAGUACUGUUGAAGUACAACAAUCCAUCC